CCCUCACACUAAUCGAUCAGAAAAAGCGAAAAAGAUAUCAGAUCUUCGAAGCUAGAAACAAUGUCGGGCCGAGGAAAGGGCGGCAAGGGCUUGGGAAAGGGGGGAGCAAAGCGCCACCGCAAGGUUCUCCGAGACAAUAUCCAGGGUAUUACUAAGCCGGCGAUUCGCCGCCUUGCUCGCCGCGGCGGCGUCAAGCGAAUCAGUGGCCUGAUCUAUGAGGAGACGCGAGGCGUCCUUAAGAUCUUUCUUGAGAACGUCAUCCGCGAUGCGGUGACCUACACCGAACACGCUCGCCGGAAGACCGUCACUGCUAUGGAUGUUGUGUAUGCUCUCAAGCGUCAGGGUCGCACCCUCUAUGGUUUUGGUGGUUAGCUUAUGCGGAUUCAGAAUCCGCUCGGUUCUUGGGGUUUGUAAUAUGUCUAUCGUUCUGUUUGGGAUAUAUCGAAGCUUAUCGUCUUUUGCAAUGGAAUAGUGCUCUGUUGGUGUUUUUUGGGGUUUCACUGUGACUGUUUAGUGUAAUGCUAGCCACUGAAGGGAAUUGGAAAAAAAACACUGUUUCGCAUAUUUGAAUGAUUAAUGCAGUACACUUUACUUGAUUAGCUUAAA